CGUGGCAUGCAUAUCAGCCAAGGCUGACGAACAAUCUUUUCUGAGCAGAGCCGUCCUUCUUGCUGAGAUUAGGUCUUAUUGCCGUAUGAAGCCUCUUUUCUUUUAUGAAAUGAUUGGGUAAGUUGAUGGAGACGGUUGGUUUUUAAUGUCUUUUUGGCAAAAUAAAAGGUUACCGAAGGAGAAUCUGAGGAACAGUGCUCCAGUCCUUAAGUGGGAUUUAUCCGUUUUGUCCCCACGUCCCUGCACCGUCCUGUCCCUGCCAUCUGCCUGGCAAUUAGAGUCCGCCUAAUUGUACCGUCCUGUGCGUCCUGUGCCGAUCUGGAAGAUGCUUGGGGACUUACUUGCUGUAGGGCAUCAGUGGGACUGGAGGAUAUCUUUAAGGUCCCCUCUGGUGAUUUGGGAUUAUAGUCUAGGAAGCAAGUUUCUUCCUCUCUGGGCCUCAGUUUCCCCAUUGAAAUGAACUCAGUGAUCUGUUCGGUCUGACAUUCAGUGAUUCCCCGAGUUCCUGGCCAGCAGGCAGCAGAAGCUGGUAUCCUAAAGCAACAGUUGACUCCAGGGGGUUGUAGCGCCAUUCAGAGAUGAUGCAGCGCUCGUCCUCCUGAAGCCUGGAAGGGCAGCCUGUGGAACAGUCUAGAAAGUGCAGGUGUACUUUCAUAAGAAACAAAGACCCAGAAAGGAGACUUCUGGGUCAUUGCCCUGACUAAGUGCCUGGAGGGAACUGUGUUUUCACUGUUGCGGGUUUAUUUUUGAAAAACUAGUUUUGAAAAAAAGUGUCGUUUUAGGGAGUCUGCUUUGGGGAAAGGCCCCUGGCUUCCUGGCAGAACUACCUGGCAGGCUGGAUGGUGAGCUGGGAAGGUUACGGGAGAACAGCCUCUCUGGGUGUGCCUGGUCUGUGAGCGGGAGCCUCCUCUGGCCAUUUGGUGAGGGAGCUGUUGGGAUCUCGGACAGCCUCACGUGGUGUGGAUCCUGCCUGUGAAGGCUGCUGCCGUCGGGGCAGGGGGAAUGGGUACCAAGGGAAGGCCCUGCAAGGGAGGACCACACAGGCACCAAGCUGAAGGAAGGGGCUCCCUGCCAGGCGAGUGGGGCCUCCCCACAGCACACCCAGUGAUGCCCCCAGAAGACCAGCCCAUCCCUGUGUCCCUGUGCAGGCGGGGGCAGCUGAGGACACCGUGUGCCUCCUCCCACUGCGCGCACACACACACACACACACACACACACACACACACACACACUGUUAUACUGUGAAACCAGCCCCUUCCCUCAGCCUGGGUGCCCACAGGGUGGCGGGGAGGGCCUUACUGACUCCCCACACCUGUGUGGCUGUCAGCCUUAGAUCUUCGAUAGAAGAACCUGGAAACCGCAGUCAUGGCCAUUGCCUCUGGCUCUCCCUGCCUGCCGGAAAACCCUGUGUGCAGCCUCAGUCUUGUUCCAGACAUUGACAAAGGAGAGGGAGAGGAAGAGGAGGAGGAAGAUGGCACGGGGCCGUGUCUGCCGGUCACUCCCAAGAACUGCCUGCCUCGCCGGGGCAUCAGCAUCCUGGAGAAGCUCAUCAAAACGUGCCCCGUGUGGCUGCAGCUGGGCCUGGGCCAGGCAGAGACAGCCAGGAUCCUGCACCGGGAGGCGAUUGGGACAUUCCUCGUCCGCCGAGAUGGCAGCUUGAAGCACCUGGUGCUCUGUGUCCACUUCCCUUCCCCGAAGGAGAGCUCGCCCAAAGUGCUCCAGUACGCCAUCAAAGAAGAAAAAUCAAUAUUGUACCUGGAAGGCUCCGUUCUUGUGUUUGAGGACAUCUUCAGACUGAUCGCGUUCUACUGUGUCAGUAGAGAUUUACUGCCCUUCCCGCUGAGGCUGCCACAGGCCAUCCUUGAGGCCAGCAGCUUCGCAGACCUCAAGACCAUCUCCAACCUGGGCCUGGGCUUCUGGGACUCCUCACUGAACUCCCGGCGAGCAGGUGGGAGCCCGGCGGAGCCCCAGAGAGACCCCGCCCCCGGAGCGCCCACACCCUCCACCCUCAGGUCUGCGUCCCAUUACGAAAACUGCUCCUGUGAAAUCGAACUCACCGUCGGAAAUGACCGCCUGUGGUUUGUGAACCCUAUCUUCAUCGAGGACUGUGCCAGCGCCCUGCCCGCCGACCUGCCACCCCCUGGAAGCUGCCCCUCGCACCCGUUGCCUCCCACCUCUGACGCUACCUCACCCACCUCCAAGUGGGCCCCUCGACGCCCAGCGCCCCCUCCCCCAUCGGCCCCUCCUCAUCCCCCCAGCCCUGCCCGACCUNNNNCUCUGCCCAGUUCUUCCCCAGUGGCUGCUCCCCCACUUCCAGAGGCUCUUCCUCCUGUAGCCCCAGCACCUGCCCCUCACCUGCCGCCCCAUGCCCCAGGCCCCCAAGACCAUCCAAGCCAGCCGCCCAUGACAGCCUGCGAGAGGCUCCCAUGCCCCCCCACAGGCCUGGGCCCCCUCAGGGAGGAAGAGAUGAAGCCGGGGGCAGCCCCCGGCCCCCUCCAGCAGGCCCUCGUCCCUCCAGGGCCAGGGAAAAAGGGCCUUCCCGCUGCUCCUCCCAGGCGCCGAGUUUCCGAGAAGGUCUCUCUGGAGGACCAGAGUGUGGGGCAGGUAGACAAGGGCGUGACAACAGAGGCGGACCAACUGGGUCUCUCCAGGGCUUCCCUGCUCAGCCUGCCUCCCCAGGGGACCUCAGACAGUCCUGGGGACAGGCCUCAGAGGACCACAGAGCAAGGCCAGGAAGCAGUGGCCAAAGCCAGUGAUCUGGGCAGCCUGCCAGAGUUACCGAGGAAGAGCCGGCAACCCCCAGUCCCGCCUCCUAGGAAAAAACGGAUUUCCCGGCAACUGGCCUUCGUCCUCCCAAGCCCCUUAGAGAGCGCCGAGCUGUCUGCGGAGCAGGUGGCCCCUGAGAAACCCACCCCCAGCCCACCCAGGGAAGACCAUAGCCCUGCCUCCCAAGCUGGGACUCAGAGCCUGCAAGCCAAGGCUGGCGCCCGACCCCACAGCACUUCGGAGUUCAAGGGCUCCCUAGCCUCCCUCUCAGACAGUGUGGGAGGACCUGCCUCAGCCACAGAUCAAGACUCCUACUCAACCAGCAGCACGGAGGAGGAGCUGGAGCACUUCAACAGCCCCAGUGUGAAGAAGAAACCCUCCAUGAUCCUGGGCAAGGCACGGCACCGCCUGAGCCUUGUGAGCUUCACCAGCGUCUUCCAGGCCUUUCUGUCCAAUGACCGCAAGCUGUACAAGAAGGUGGUGGAGCUGGCCCAGGACAAGGCCUCAUACUUCGGCAACCUGGUGCAGGACUACAAAGUCUACAGCCUGGAGAUGAUGGCGCGCCAGACCUCCAGCACCGAGAUGCUGCAGGAGAUUCGCACCAUGAUGACCCAGCUCAAGAGCUACCUGCUGCAGAGCACAGAGCUCAAGGCGCUGGUGGACCCUGCCCUGCACUCCGAGGAGGAGCUGGAAGCGAUCGUAGAGUCCGCCUUGUACAAGUGCGUCCUGAAGCCCCUGAAAGAAGCCAUCAACUCGUGCCUGCGUGAGAUCCACAGCAAGGAUGGCUCGCUGCAACAGCUCAAGGAGAACCAGCUGGUGAUCCUGGCCACCACCACCACCGACCUGGGCGUGACCACCAGCGUGCCGGAGGUGCCCGUCAUGGAGAAGAUCCUGCAGAAGUUUGCCAGCAUGCACAAGGCCUACUCGCCCGAAAAGAAGAUCUCCAUCCUGCUCAAGACCUGUAAGCUCAUCUACGACUCCAUGGCCCUCGGCCACCCAGGCAAGUCCUACGGGGCCGAUGACUUCCUGCCCGUGCUCAUGUAUGUGCUGGCCCGCAGCAACCUCACGGAGAUGCUCCUCAGCGUGGAAUACGUGAUGGAGCUCAUGGACCCCGCGCUGCAGCUGGGGGAGGGUUCCUACUAUCUGACCACCACUUACGGGGCCCUGGAGCACAUCAAGAACUACGACAAGAUCACGGUGACCCGACAGCUGAGUGUGGAGGUGCAAGACUCCAUCCACCGCUGGGAGCGCCGGCGCACGCUCAACAAGGCUCGGGCCUCCCGCUCCUCCGUGCAGGACUUCAUCUGCGUGUCGUACCUGGAGCCCGAGCAGCAGUCACGGACGCUGGCGUCACGGGCAGACACCCUGGCGGAGGCGCUGUGCGCACAGUGCGCGGACAAGUUCGAGGUGGCGCGGCCCCAGGACCACCGGCUCUUCGUGCUGGUGGACGGGCGACGCUUCCAGCUGGCGGACGAGGCGCUGCCGCACCGCAUCAAGAACUAUCUGCUGCGGAGUGAGCCCAAGCGCGACUUCCAUUUCGUGUACCGGCCCCAGAACAGCGGCGGGGACAGCGGGGACCCGCCCUGCCUCGUGGUGCGGGAACCCAACUUCCUGUGAAGCCAGGGCCACUGCAGCCCCUCAACGGCAGUGUUUACCGAGACUGGCUGGGGAAGAAGCAGGCGGACUGGGCUCACACUUGCACACCCUCACACUCACACUCAGCUGCACCCCUCAUACAUGCAGGAGCCCCACAUCUGACCACACACACUCCCAGCAUGGACGCCCCCACGUCACACAUGCUCGCAACCCACUGAGCAUGCCUAGACCAACAUGACAGGACCGUUGUGAACAUGACGCAAAGCAGUGGCCCAGCAUGCUUCCUGAAGGAGGGGCGGCACCGAGAGGCCAAGUUAUUUGUUAGCCAGAAAGGGAAACUGAGGCUCAGAGAAGGAACGUACUCACCAGCCAUUUGCAGCAAAAGAGCCCAAUCCUGUCUAGGGCCAUGCCGCCCUGAACACGCUGGUUUUCUAAUCUCGGAAGCUAAGCAGGGUCUGGCUGGUUAGUACUUGGUUAGGAGACCAUCUAGGAAGACCAGGUGCUGAAGGUAUAAAAAAAAAAAAGCACAAUUCUGGCGCCUAUUCACACACAGCCCCUCAGAUCGGUCCCUCUGUGUUUCCCAGCACAUGCCCAGGAAGAACUUAGCUUCCCCAGACCUGUCCUCAGGAGGAGUGACCUGGCCACAGCCUACUCCCUACUCACCCCUCCUCCCCUGCGCCCCCAACAUGGAGCUGUGACAUUUUAGGUGCACCUAGAAUCUCAGGAACAUCUCUCAGGGUGUGUGUUGGAGAUGGGCCCACCCCCCACCCCCCCGAAUCCGGGCACUGGAGCCUGCCCUCAGAUACCAGCAUCCACAGUCCCCCCUCCGCCACUCCGGAACCCUUCCAGAAGCAGCCCGACGUAGGAUGAGACUGCCACAUGAUGAAGCCAGCUCCACAGCUAUAUGGACGAGCCCAGGCUUGGCUACACGGGACACUGACAGGGCCCUUUCCCUGGUGGACACACCCCAGGGCCAUGGCAAUUGUGGCAAGAGGCGCUGUGUGGAGAGAGUUUAAUAAAAGCCCUUUUGAAAAU